CCACACCCGAGCUAAAAGUCGCCGAAGCUGGACAGCGGUCCAUGUCUCCUCCGAACCAAACUCCGCAACUGGAUGACACGCAGGUGCAGGAUGGACCAGACGAGCAGAAGCUGAGGGAGGUUUCCACGAAUGUUCAAGAGGGCGUCGCAAGCACAGGAUUAUCAUCUGCGUCCCCCGCCGACGAUCUACCUCAACUCCAGGCUGAGAACCUGAAGAACGGGGACCAUAAUGGUAGUGCGGGGCAUGUAUCAACACCCUAUGACAAUGCGGGCACAGGCAAAUUGUUGAAGGAUAAGGUGGAGGUAGGUGUCGAUGAGGUAACCAAAUCUGCAUCAACUAAGGAGAAGAACGUCGAGGAGUUGGGGGCGAAAGAGCCUGUUACAGCUGGGGAUGAGAGUAAUGGAGAGAAACAGGCAGAAGAGCGUACAGAACAACCUCUGCCAGAUUCUGAUGCACAGAUCCAACCAAAGGCAUCUGCAUCAACUGCUGUAGAGUCGUCCGACACACCAAUAGUCUCGCCACCAGAUCAAGCACCUGCUCCUCCUGCCAACGCUGCCGGAAAGGCUCCAAUACGUUCACCGUCUCCACCACCGCCGCCACCCAAAGACGAAAAGUUCCUUCUUACCGGCGAAGUUCCAAGUCGUGCCGCAUCUCCUUCAUCGCCCGGAAAAUCGAACGGAAGAAACUCUGAGGAUGCAGAUGCCGCCGAGUACGCAGUCAAGUACGCAGGCAACGAUGGUGCCGUUGACGAUUCUCAGUCGGAAAUACAGAGCAUUAUGGAACAGUUUGAUCUUGGACAUGGCGGUGGACCAGGUGCAGAAGAAAUCAUGUCUCCUCGAUUAGAGAUAGCUCAGCCACUAUUAGAAUCCCCUGCGUUACAUCCUCCUCGCCGAUCGAGCCUUGUUCCUCUAGACAAGCCUUUACCUAUUCCUACUGAAGGCACUUCCGAGAACGCGUUGCAAUCGCCCCCACCACGAUCCUCCUCACUUCAUCAACCGUCUCGAACCGAACAACCUACAAUUGCAAACGAAGAUGUAUCGUCACCCAAAUCGCCCAGUAGUCAUGCUUCCCAAUUCCAGAAACCUGCGCCGCUCCCCGAUCCUGAGCCCGACCUGCCUUUUGACUUCCAUCGUUUCCUCGAGCAGCUACGCCAUAGAACAGCUGAUCCCGUGGCGAAGUUUCUACGCUCAUUUCUACUCGAAUUCGGUAAAAAACAAUGGAUGGUGCAUGAACAAGUCAAGAUCAUAGGGGAUUUUCUGGAGUUCAUCGGCAAGAAAAUGGCUCAGUGCGAGGUAUGGCGCACAGUCUCGGACGCCGAAUUCGAUAAUGCAAGGGAAGGAAUGGAGAAGUUGGUCAUGAAUCGACUAUACUCGCAAACCUUCUCUCCCGCUAUACCACCCCCCGAACAUUUGGCCCCUUCGAAGAGCAGAAGAAGGCCGGAACCUUUAGGACCCGGUCGCAGGGGUCAACAUCAAGAAGACGUUGAGAGGGAUGAGGUUCUUGCGCAAAAAGUUCGAAUAUAUAAAUGGGUGCGUGAAGAGCAUCUCGAUAUCAAAUCUGUAGGCGAUAAGGGAAAGAAGUUUCUCAAUCUGGCUCAGCAAGAGUUACUGAAGAUCAAAAGCUAUCGAGCGCCGCGGGACAAGGUAAUAUGUAUCUUGAACUGCUGCAAGGUCAUCUUUGGCUACUUGCGAACUUCAUCAUCAGACAUGUCGGCAGACUCCUUCGUCCCGUUACUCAUUUAUACCGUUCUACAAGCGAACCCUGACCACCUCGUUUCCAAUGUGCAAUACAUUUUGCGCUUCCGGAACCAGGACAAACUUGGCGGUGAGGCUGGUUACUACAUCUCAUCGCUGAUGGGAGCUAUACAGUUCGUCGAAGGCAUCGAUAAAACCUCACUCACCAUAACGGAUGAAGAAUUUGAGAAAAAUGUGGAAGCCGCCGUUUCUGCCAUUGCUGAGCGACACCAGGCCGAGAACUCACCAUCUGCCACAAACGCCCCUUCGCUCCCACCUCGAAGUAACCCUCCAGUCACACCAGGCCAUCGACGUGUACCAUCACCCCACUCUCUGCAUCCAUCCGAGAAGUCCACUAUAUCAAGACCCGAGAUCACAAAUCGAAAUUCGCACGAAGCCGAGAGGGCUGGACCGCGCCGCUCAACGAGUCUGCGCCAGGGACAGCCCGAAAGCGAUCAACAGCCGGAAGAGGAGAAUGCCGCUGUGGCAGGCCUCCUCCGCACAAUCCAGCGCCCUCUAUCCACUAUCGGGCGAAUAUUCUCCGACAGUGACACACACGCAUCUUCUUCUUCCUCGCCUGGACCUGCAAUAACACCGGCGCCUGGUAGCACGCCGCGACACACUCCACAACCUAGUCGUCGCUCGUCGGAGUAUCCUGGCGGCAAUGCGCAAGAAGGUCACUUGAAUGAGAAAGUUAAUCGUCGAGAGGCGGACGAGGACAGGCACCGACAGCGCCUAUCGGCGGAAGACGCAGCAGCGAGACAGGCGUCGGCCGAGGCGGAGGAAGCCAGGCGCAUCCAGAGACAGGAGCACAGCGUUGUUGUGGAGACCCUGGCGGGUAUGUUCCCCCAGCUCGAUAGGGAUGUGAUUGACGAUGUGGUGCGGAUGAAGGAGGGACGGGUCGGUCUUGCCGUUGAUGCUUGCUUAGCGCUUGCGAACCCGUAAUGCUUCUUUGCCUGCCAUCUUAUGCGGAUCAAGGAUACCAAAUCCAUUCACAUCACCACUCGGACCUACUUGCAGGAUGCAUGCAGCUCAACGAUAACAUCACUAUAGACGGCAAUACAUACCUUUAUCUGCUAUGCCAGAUAGAGGCCAUCCUUCCCGGGACCUGUUUGUCAAUUUCGCAUCUACUACGUAGCAGCCUAUGAUACAUUUUCUACAUUUUCACUCAAUAGCAUCUUUCGCUCGUAGCUUGUUCCCAAUGGACAUGGAUUCAUAGUACAAGACAUACCCUCACACUGUCUCCUCCCAUCGAAGUUGGAAACAAUCGAAAUCAGUAGACAAGUUAUCAAGGUACCUGAUCCUUUCUCAUGCAAUGAAAUAAAUUCAUCUCUUCCUCAAGACGGUGACUCGACUGAGGGUGUAAAUAUACUUCUCAAUGUAUUCAACAACAAUUGGAUAGUUAACACGAGAACAACAUCCAUUUUCGUUGAGCUACCAAUC